AUCUUCAGAUUCAAGAUGGCUACUGGGGACUACAGCGGCAGGCCUCCCUCCCUAAAUUUCCCCGGCCCAGGGCCUUUGGGAAAUGGCCAGCCCAGCAACAGUGGUUAUUCAAUGCCUACGCCUGCAAGGCGCCCCAACCCGCAGUCGGGGCCUGGCGGAGAAGAAAGCGCCGGUGUUGCAGCUGGAACUCCACCGAAUGUGCAGAACUCGAUUCAGCGAGCGUCAGCUCAAAGCGCUGCGGCAAGGGGGGCCUCCGGAGCAACGGCAUCGAAUGUUUCCGCUGCAAGUGUACCAGGAACCCAUUCCUCACUGGCGUCAGCACCACCGGCCGCUGCUGUUUUGGUUUACCGGGAGCCCGUGUACAACUGGCAGGCGACGAAAAGCACCGUAAAGGAACGGUUUGCUUUCCUGUUCAAUAACGAGGUUCUGAGUGACGUUCAUUUUCUGGUGGGGAAAGGUAUGGGAGUGCAACGGAUACCCGCACACAGAUUCGUUCUCGCUGUGGGCAGCGCAGUCUUCGAUGCCAUGUUCAACGGGGGUAUGGCGACCACCUCAACGGAAAUCGAGUUGCCAGAUGUCGAACCAACAGCCUUUCUGGCAUUACUGAAGUUCCUGUACUCUGAUGAGGUCCAGAUAGGGCCUGAGACGGUGAUGACCACUCUGUACACAGCUAAGAAGUAUGCAGUGCCAGCCUUGGAGGCCCACUGUGUGGAGUUCCUCAAGAAGAACCUGCGGGCUGACAAUGCCUUCAUGCUGCUCACUCAGGCUCGACUUUUCGAUGAGCCCCAGCUUGCCAGCUUGUGUCUAGAGAACAUCGAUAAGAAUACCGGAGAUGCGCUCGCAGCUGAGGGUUUCACUGACAUAGAUCUGGAUACUUUAGUGGCUGUGCUGGAGCGGGACACUCUGGGGGUGAGGGAGGUGCGUUUAUUUGUUGCGGCGGUACGCUGGGCAGAGGCAGAGGCCCACCGGCAGCAGCUACAGCCCACCCCAGAGAACAAACGCAGGGUCCUGGGCAAGGCCCUCGCCCUCAUCCGCUUCCCACUCAUGACUAUCGAGGAGUUUGCCGCAGGACCGGCCCAGUCCAGUAUCCUGACAGACAGGGAGGUGGUGAGUCUGUUCCUUCACUUCACGGUGAACCCAAAGCCCCGCGUAGAGUUCAUCGACCGGCCUCGCUGCUGCCUACGGGGGAAGGAGUGCAGCAUCACACGCUUCGGACAGGUGGAGAGCCGCUGGGGCUACAGUGGGACCAGUGACCGUAUACGGUUUUCAGUGAACAGGAGGAUCUUUGUGGUUGGCUUUGGCCUCUACGGCUCCAUACACGGCCCCACAGACUACCAAGUCAACAUCCAGAUCAUUCACACAGAUAGUAACACAGUGCUGGGUCAGAACGACACAGGUUUCAGCUGUGAUGGCUCAUCCAACACCUUCAGAGUCAUGUUCAAGGAGCCGGUGGAGAUCCUACCCAACGUCAACUACACAGCCUGCGCCACACUCAAGGGUCCUGACUCUCACUAUGGGACCAAGGGAAUGCGUAAGGUGACUCACGAGUCGUCCUCCACCGGCACUAAGACAUGCUUCACCUUCUGCUACGCCGCGGGCAACAACAACGGCACCUCGGUAGAAGACGGACAGAUCCCUGAAGUCAUCUUCUACACCUAGUCCCCUCUAACCUCACGGUCACUGGACUGCUGAGAGACUCUGGCCCUGUUAGAUUAUGUAACAAUUGCCUAUCUACCCCGUGGCCCUUCCUUAGUCUGAUUGGUUGGAUUGUGGGAUGUAGUGGAAACCACGCACCCAGUUCUGAAGGUCUUUAUCCCUCUCUCAACUCCCCCUUCCACUGACCAUGGAGAGGGGUCUGUUUGAUUUGUUACUUUGACGAAAGGGAGGACUGGGCCUCUAUACUGGGGUUAAAACCCGGACUGGGAAGAGUCAUAAACUGGUCAGAACUAUUGACUCUUACUUGGGAAAAGGAGGAAAGCUUGACAUGUAUUUACAGAACCACCCCUUGUAUGGUCUGUCCGCCGGGAGUGAGAUGCAUCCAGCUACGCCGAUGUAUAUACGAACUUAGUUACACUACCAAUCAGGAUCCAUCCGAUUGAUCAGUGACCCACCAUGCUUCCCUGACUUAAAUUCCAGUCCCUAGCCCUUUAGGAUGCACAAAAACAGCUUUAGACAAUGUUUUUAACCAUCAGGUUAAAAUGUUGUCUUUGGACUCAUGUCAUUUGCCUUUACAGGAUGUUCUACAUGGAUUUACGCAAGGCUGCAGGAUGUUCAGCUCUCUCUACCACUACGAAAGUCAGGUCCAUAAUAGCCACCUUUGGCAAUGAGCAAAAAAAUAACUAAAUUGGAGCUGUAUUGUAUGGAAAUAUUCCUUUUUACUAAUGUUUGAUCGAGGAUAAGCCUUUUUCUAAAUUUAAGAUUAAAAUCCCUAGGGCAGUCUAAGGCCGAUGUUGAUUGUGGAGAGUUUUGGGCUUAAAUGUUCUGGUACUUAGAAGGAAAACAGCCCCAUCAAAGAUCCACCAUAGGUAAAAGCAUCUUUAUUUCCCAAAGCCAUUAAUUACACACCAGCUCAUCUUGAUCAAGGGUGCAAAUAAGUAUGGACCAAAUUAACCAAAGCCAUCAUAAUAUACAGCUUCCGAUUGAAAUGUAGGUCAUUUCCACCUGAGAACAUACAAAUGCAGUCCCCGCUAAGAGGAAACAUUGCCUUUAAAUUACAAUCACACUAAAGCUGAACUUUGAUGCAGACUGAAUUGAUAGUGUCACACACUGCUGGCCAAGGAUCGUUAGCAUGGGUCAAAUGAAGUAUUCAGGGAACAUUACAGAAAUAGUUACUGGCACAUUAAUGAUUGUAUAACGAAAUUACCUUGUUGCACCAAAAUUGUACCAUUUAUAUACUAACAAUCCUCUGGCUGUCCUGAUCCACCAUCAACUCAUAAUCACUAGUUACCAUUUUCUUUAUUUCAGACCAUUCAAAAGCCAAUAAAGACAUCCACUCCAUGUA